CAAAGGCCUGCUGCUAAAUCUCAAGACUUGAGAGAAUUCGCGUUGUUAGGCUAAGAAAUCAACAGUUAACAUUUCCUGUUUCAUUUCUCUUCUGUUGUGUGUCAAUGAAAAACAAAUUUAUUUUCAAACAUAGAUCUAUUACAACGGGUUUUCUUUGACUAUAUAGAAAGGAUGAUCUAGUGCUGUAGAAAGAAACAAGGAAUUAAGGAUUGGCCUUUCUGGCAACAGGUGACCUAAGUGUUCACCAUGAAUGCAGAGGUGGACCAUGUUGAUGUGGUCAAGGAGGGCUACCUUUGGAAGAGGGGAGAACAUAUAAAAAAUUGGAGGAAGCGGUACUUUAUUUUGAGGAAAAAUGGCUCGUUUGAAGGUUUCCGUUCUAAGCCCGAGGCCAAUGAUUUACAAGAUCCCCUUAAUAAAUUUUCUGUUAAAGAUUGCCAGUUGAUGAAAGUAAACAGACCAAGACCUCAUACAUUCAUCAUAAAAUGUUGGCAGUGGGCGACUGAAGUGGAGAGGAUGUUCUGUGUUGAAAGUGUUAGUGAAAGGGAUGAAUGGAUACAAGCCAUUGGGUCUGUGUCAGAUACUCUGAAAGUGACAGAAGAAGCACCGACAUCUAAUAUUGUAGAACAUAAAAAGAAAGUGUCUUUGGAUGACUUUGACUUUCUAAAAGUGUUGGGUAAAGGAACGUUUGGUAAAGUGAUAAUGUGUAAAGAAAAAGCCACCAAUCAGUUAUAUGCUAUCAAGAUAUUGAAAAAGGCAGUCAUUAUAGCCAAAGAUGAAGUAGCUCAUACACUCACAGAGAACAGAGUUCUGCAAACAACCAAUCAUCCAUUUCUCACUCAACUGAAAUAUUCAUUCCAGACGGCAGACAGACUUUGUUUUGUCAUGGAGUAUGUGAAUGGGGGAGAGCUCUUCUUUCAUCUGUCUCGAGAAAGAGUGUUCUCAGAGGAGCGUACAAAAUUUUAUGGGGCUGAGAUUGUAUCAGCACUUGGAUAUUUGCAUGAAAACAACAUUGUGUAUAGAGAUUUGAAGUUGGAGAAUCUGUUACUGGACAAAGAUGGCCACAUUAAAAUAGCAGAUUUUGGUUUGUGUAAAGAAGAAAUGUUCUUUGGGGCUAGCACUAACACAUUUUGUGGCACUCCUGAGUAUCUGGCUCCAGAGGUUCUUGAAGACAAUGACUAUGGUCGAGCUGUUGACUGGUGGGGCACUGGUGUGGUGAUGUAUGAAAUGAUGUGUGGACGACUGCCCUUUUACAACAAGGACCAUGACGUAUUAUUUGAACUCAUCCUGCUCCAACACGUCAAAUUUCCCAGAAAUCUCUCAGAGGAAGCCAAAAGUUUGCUCAGUGGUUUAUUAGCAAAAAAACCUAAACAGAGGUUAGGAGGUGGUGAGGCAGAUGUUGCUGAUAUCAAAAGUCAUCCAUUCUUUGCCUCAAUCAACUGGGAAGACUUGGUGGCCAAAAAGAUUACCCCACCAUUCAAGCCCCAAGUGACAUCAGAAACUGACACCCGCUACUUUGAUGAAGUGUUCACUGGUGAGGCUGUGAAUGUGACUCCGCCUGUGGGCAUUGCCCAGCAUCAAGCACUGGUGCCCAUUGCUGAGGAUAUGGAGCCUUUGCCCUACUUUGAGCAGUUUUCUUACCACGGUAGCCGAGGCAGCCUUGCUAGCAACAGAAUGAGCUUUGAGACCACUUGGAAUCUGUAGCAGUUGCUUGUCAUAAAAACUCUUGACCAUACACUACAACUUAUGAUAUGGACAUUUUUUCUCACUCUCAGAACUUGAGCCAAUCUCUCACUGGGUUAACACAGUUACACUUCUACCUCUUUUCUUUGUCAUUCUUUCUAAAUGUCUUGCACUUUGCCUUUGUGCUAUUUUUCAUUACUUUUCAAUAGUGCUCUGUCCUUAAUUGUUUAAUUACAAAAGCAAAUCCCCCUUUUAAAAAAAAAUAUUGGUGCUCAGAUUUAUUAUUGAUCUGUUUUAAUGAUUCAUAUCUGCAGUGAUACACACUCAACAGAACAAACUAAUGUCUGCAAUUAUACACAAUAGGUCCAUUAGGACUAAGAUUUAGAUAUUUGAAGGCUUGAUCAUUUAAACUUUUAAAACUACCUCUUAUUAUUUCAUUGUCAGUGUAUAUGCAAAGACACUUCUUAAACUACCCCACCCUCCUCCUUUUAUUUACACAAUUACAAAUUUGGCAUGUAGCCUUCAUGCACUAAGUCACAUUAUGGAUUAACUAGCUCUCUGUGUAAUCACUGUCAAGCAGUUAUUUUGUCUCUCAGUUGAACAAGAAUUAAGUUUAGACUAUCUCCAUGGUAGCCACAUAAAUGUGUGAUCAGUUUAGAACAACCUCUCAUCAUGGUUGCCACAUAAAUACAUGCAGUUAUGCUCUCUCUCCUCAACAGCCUUUUGCUUGCAUGUAGAUUGUUGAUGGUGCUUACAGACUUGUAUGUCAUUGUUAGUUUUUGUGUUGUGUUGAUCUUAGUUGAAUCAAUAAACUACCAUGCUAUUGCUUAUGAAAUUGCUUCUAACCUUUUAGGACUCAGAAAGUGUAUUAAGUCCCAUGAGAACCUUUAAAUCUAUAACUGGAGAUUGGUAGAAUCAAGUUCUGUAAGGACCACUGCCUAAAGAUUUCUUGAAUUAGAUGAAGUCAGAUGAUAUUGUUAUUUGUGCAUGUUAUUCUACAUGUGAGUCAACUAAAGUGUUCCCAUGUUGCUUUUUUUUUUUUUUUGGGUACAAAUUUAUCAAGUCAAGAUCACAGCAGUACUGCCACUGUUGACAAACUCUGUGUGAAUUCUCAUCAUUUCUUCAGGUCUUUACAAAUGAUUUUAACAAAUUGUGCAAUGAAUAUUCUGAACUUAUUUCUUAUUAAUCAAAGUCACUUGUUACAGGCUGUUCUCAAGAUGUUUUGUUUGAACUUUUGAAGUCACUUGUUACAGGCUGUUCUCAAGAUGUUUUGUUUGAACUUUUGAAGUCACUUGUUACAGGCUGUUCUUUAGAUGUUUUGUUUGAACUUUUGAAGUCACUUGUUACAGGCUGUUCUCUAGAUGUUUUGUUUGAACUUUUGAAGUCACUUGUUACAAGCUGUUCUCUAGAUGUUUUGUUUGAACUUUUGAAGUCACUUGUUACAGGCUGUUCUCUAGAUGUUUUGUUUGAACUUUUGCAUAGUCCUAUCAAUGUCAUGUUUUGAAACUAUUUCUCAGAAAAGCAUUCUUUCUUAAAUUCUUUUAAACCAUUUAUGCAUUUUUUAUAAAUGUUACGGUUAGUGCAAGUAUUUUUUUUAAUGUGUACAAUUGACCUUUUUUUUGCAAUGCUUAAAAAAAAAAAUCAUUACUUUUCUUAAAUAGUACGGUAGCUAGCUUUUUAUAAAUCUCUACAAUGAUAAAACAGCAUUCUUUUCAGUAAUUGGGCAAUGCUUGACUCUUUGAAACUAAUGUUAUCCCAUGCCAAAAUAAACACCAGUUUGAUAUUAAUGAGUUCAAGUGUUUGAUGCAGCUCAAGGCUGAGUGAGUUGCUUCAUGGUUCAAGAGCAUCCACUGCUUCAGUUAUAACACUGGUUUAGAUGGAAUAGUGAUUGUAUGCUACUCUGGUCAAGUUAUAACACUAGUUUAGAUGGAAUAGUGAUUGUAUGCUACUCUGGUCAAGUUAUAACACUGGUUUAGAUGGAAUAGUGAUUGUAUGCUACUCUGGUCAAGUUAUAACACUGGUUUAGAUGGAAUAGUGAUUGUAUGCUACUCUUGUCAAGUUAUAACACUGGUUUAGAUGGAAUAGUGAUUGUAUGCUACUCUGGUCAAGUUAUAACACUGGUUUAGAUGGAAUAGUGAUUGUAUGCUACUUUGGUCAAGUUAUUACUGUUAUAUACACUGGUUUAGAUGGAAUAGUGAUUGUAUGCUACUUUGGUCAACUUUGGAGGAUUUUAUCUUUGCUUUUAUCUAGAGCGAAGGAAUAAUCAAGGGUGACACUUUUAAACUCUUGUUGUUUAUAUUACAAUUGUUUUGUUAUGUUGUUUCCCCUGUAGUCAUUAGAUUUCGCUACCGAUAUGUCUGACUUUUUGUGUUUUAAACCCUUGUUGUUUAUUUUGCAUUGUUCUUUUGUUUCCCCUGUAGUCAUCUGAUUUGGCUGUUUUUUUUACUUUUUGUGUUUGAAACCCUUGUUGUUUAUAUUGCAUUGUUCUUUUGUUUCCCCUGUAGUCAUCUGAUUUGGCUGUUUGUUUUUUUAAUGUUUGUGUUUGAAACUCUUGUUGUUUAUAUUGCAUUUUUUUAUUUUGAUGUUUUGUAUUCAUUAGGUUUGGCUGUGUCUGAAUUUUUGUGUUUUCACCAUUUGCCUUACUCCUUUGACUGUUGUUUUGGUUCUAAUGACAUUCAAAGAUUGAUUACUGAAAUACUAAUUAUAGAGUUUGUAUGUGUGGUCAUAUAUUUAUCAUGCUUGCUCAGUCUAGACCAGCUUAGCUGCUUCUACAAAGUUUUUGAAGUGUUCAGGGCUUAAGUCUAAGCUAAAAUGGAAGUUAAAUGUUCACUUCCAUCUCUAAAUUCUAGACCAUCUCUAGACUUUCAUCAUGUAGUGUAUAAUUUAGGUAUAAGCAGCUAUGCUGGUCUAGGUUGUCAUGGUAUUUGGCUGUGUACAUUGGUCAUGGGAAUCUUCAUGCUAAAAUGAUCUGCAUGUGUGCCAUAUAUAUCUCUCCAUGUAUCUAUACUAACAUCUUUGUGUUGUCUCAUCAGUCUUAAACUGAGUUGCUUGUGAAUUGUCUCUGUAGUGGAUGUUCUUCCCACUUCACAUAUUAAUUAAACAAUAAUGAAUUGAAUGACUCCAUAGACACAGCAAAAACUGAGAGAAAUUUGGAUAAAAAUGUUAUAGUGACUUGUUGUUAUGCAAGCUUGAAUACAUAUUAUUUUGGGUGGUUAGGAAUAUUUACUAACUAAACUAACAAUUUACAAUGGCAUCAUAAUUCUAAACCCUAGUUAUUAAAAUAAAAAACAAAUUAAUCAUUUACAAAUUUGCACACCUAACCUUUGAAUGUAAUCAGUAGAUAAUACCAAAUUGAAUGCCUGGAAAUAAUUUCUCCAGUGCAUACUCUAUAGUCUGCUUAUAGUCUGCUGUACCAGUACUUAAUAUGUUCAUCAUUUAGAAUAAAAAGAUAUAUCAAAACUCAUCUAUACAACUCAUCUUUAAUACAGACUAGAUAUUACAGGUUUCACAUAGGAUCCCUUUUUUUGGCUCUUGUAUUAUACCAUUGGUUCAUAUCUUUUUAAUUUAGUUAUUCUUUGCCCUCUUCCUAUGAGAAUCAUUCAAGUUUUGUGGCAUACUGACUGGUAGCAUUUUGUAGAUAAAGCUUUGUACAGUUCAGCAGUGUAGAUGUAGUAAUGAAGCACUGGGUGAUUCUUUUCUUUGCUUGCUAGUUUUUAACAUUAUUAACUAGUUCUCCAAAUAGCAUCUUGUUUAUAUUCUUUAGGACAUCAAUUCUAGUUCAUGAAUAGCUGGUGUUCUAGAUGGCUUUGUUCAUACAUAGCUGGUGUUCUAGAUGACUUUGUUCAUGAAUAGCUGGUGUUCUAGAUGGCUUUGUUCAUACAUAGCUGGUGUUCUAGAUGACUUUGUUCAUGAAUAGCUGGUGUUCUAGAUGGCUUUGUUCAUACAUAGCUGGUGUUCUAGAUGACUUUGUUCAUGAAUAGCUAGUGUUCUAGAUGACUUUGUUCAUGAAUAGCUGGUGUUCUAGAUUAUUUUAUAUAUGAAUUGCUGGGGAUUCUAAAUUACUAUGUACAUAAAUAGCUGGUGAUGCUAGAUUGCUUUGUACAUGAUUCUAGAUUGCUUUGUACAUGAUUCUAGAUUGCUUUGUACAUGAUUCUAGAUUACUUUGUAUGGUACAUGAAUAGCUUGUGGUUCUAGAUUACCAGUACUGUGUAAAUGAACAGCUGGUGAUUCUAGAUUAACAGUACUGUGUAAAUGAACAGCUGGUGAUUCUAGAUUACUUUGUACAUGACUAGCUGGUGCUAGUGACAAGUCUACAAUUACUAUAGGUUUGUUGGCUUCUAUUCUUCUUUGGUACACUUAAUGUGUCUAUCACUUAUCUGGAAUUCAGUUUUAAAGCUCAUUCUGAAAUACUUGUCUGUAUGGCAAAUAUUUUUAAUUGUCUCUUGACAGACGUUAGAAAUCUGGCUGGUUUUGUUUCUCUGACUGUAUUGUAACAUUGUUGUGUUCUCAUUGUCCAAUUGUUUCUUGUAUUAUUAGUUACCAUACAUUUUGUAUCUUGCUCAUUAUAGCUUUACAUUGUUUUACUUUUUUGGGUUUGUUGACCUUUGAACUACUAUAUGGCUCAUUUAUAUUUUUUUUUUCUUUUUAUUUUCCCCUUAUUGUAACAUGAAUUUCAUGCCAUGACAUUGAUGUCUUCAUCACCUUGUAGUUUUCUGUCCUAUUUCCCUUCAGUUCUAGACUCUCUCUCUCUCUCUACACACACACCUACUUCCCUCCUUUGCAUGUUCCAUAGCUCAGAUUUGUCUGAUUUGUUUGGUCAUCACCACUUCUAUUCUCAACAUCUUGUCCACCCAGUUGCUUGGACUAUUUGAUCACCAUGAAAUAAUUCAUGACUGUUGUGCUUGUAAUGUACAUAUGUUGGUGUAGUUUGAAGCUGUUCAUAUUAAAGUUUAAUGAUUCAAA